CGGGCAGGGUUACAUCGUGAGAGUAUUGACAAGUAACGUGCUGUCAUUUUAGGCUUCUAUAUAAAGGGAGUCACUAAACACCUUAAUUAGCUUACCAUACUAAACUACUCAUUUUAAGAGAGAUAAUUAAGCAGAGAUUAUAAUCAAGAUCCACGAAAUCAAAUUAUGGAAGCAUCAAAGAUUUGCUGCCCACCUGGUGAAGCUGUUGGCGCAUCGUGCUGCAAAUGUGCCCCAGGAUGGACUUGCAUAAUAAAAAAGAUUGAAGAGCCUGAAAUACUUCUUACCAGCGAGCAUUUCUCCAAUUGCCCCGAAGGCUGUGUUUGCGUCACGGACGAGUCUCACAAAGUGGAGAACGAAGGAGGAUUUUGUGUGUGCGGGGAAGGGUAUGCUUGUACUUUCACAAAGACGGAAGGCCCCGAUGCCGGAAAAGUCUUAUUCGAGUGUGGCAAUGGCUGCCGGUGCGAGAUUUCUGCCUCCGGAGAAGAGGUGGUUGUUCUCAAAGACGCUUAAAGGAGUACUCAUGCUUAAAGACACAACGUACGUGUGUAUUAAAGGAGUGUGGUUGUGUGUGUGGUGAGGUUUAUGCAUGUAUUAUGAGCUAAUGUAUGAUUGCCUGUAUUUUAUGACAGACUUUUUGUUUUGGCUAAUAAUAAGGAUAUUUUUGUUAUCCAAUGCCAUUAUAUUGCUUGCA